AUGUCUGAGCAGGAGAUAUUAAACGUUUUUGAAUGCUCAAAUGAGUUUGAUUUGCUAAGUGACAGUGAAACUUCGAACAGUGAAAACAGUACAGAAGAACCUUGUGGGUCAAGAGAUGUCCAUGUGUAUGAUUGGGACUCGUCAGAUGAUGACAUGCCUAAUCUCCAAAUACCUAAAAGACAAAAGAAGAAAGCACAGAAACUGUCAAAUGUGGAAGUGGAGGAGGGAAACCAGGGUUCAGUGGAAGAAGAGGGAGACCGGGAUUCUUUUGAAGAGGAGGGAGACCAGGGUUCUGUGGAAGAGGAUGAAGGAGACCAGGGAGCCCCCAAUGACAAUGAAGAACACAACAAGGAAUCAGAUUCAGAGUCAGUUGACUCAAAUCUUAUUGACAUUGAGACAGUUUCAAAAUUAUUUCGGAAAAAGUUAAAGAAAUUUAGCAUAUCACAGAGGAUGGCAGCCAAGAAUAUUUUAAAGUGUAGCCAGUCCACCAUUAGUGAACUAUAUGCAAAGGCCUCAAGACUGAAAUCUUCAAAAGAACUGAGUCUUCGAGGCCGGGAGUUAUAUGACAAAAUGCAAACCUGGUUAACAUCAUCAGCUGCUCAGAAGGAAACCCAAAGAAGUAUGAUACAGCAAAGGGCAUACAGUGCCAAACCUACUCCGCCAAGAAAGAAGGGAUCUAAGGCUAUCAAAUUUUCUGCAGUUCAAAUGGCUGUGUUGGUCAAAUUAUAUAGAAAAGAUGACAGACCAGCAACAAAGAAACAGCAACUGAUAGCUGAAGUCCUUAAUUUGGAAAUUCACCAAAUAAGGACUUGGUUCAACAAUCAACGAGCCAGAAAUUUUCCAGCAGGAAAAGAACAUUCUUCACAGAACAUUCCAGAUGAUCUUGAUAUCUUUGUAAAUAAUUACUAA